AUGGAUUUCGACCGGACUGCUCGUCCUGUCGUCCAGGACGACGAGAUAUCCUCGGGUAGCUACCAAUCAGACGGAUAUACCCUCCCUGGCGAUAGUAUGGACGAUGACGCCCGCAGCAUUGCAAGCGCUUCCUCGUACGAAUCCUAUGACUCGGUCUGCCCGCGCGAGCGUCUUCCCUCGUACCGCGUUCCCAGGGGCCAGGGCACUUCGCAGCCUGUCUACGAGGCCUGGGUCCUGUGCAUGUCGCACGAGACCGAUCACGACAUCACCAAGAUUACGUCGUGCGGUUUCGACCUCGUGUCAGCCCAUGACGAGGAGAAGCCCUUUGUUGUCUCCCGGACGGAGCCGUACGAGCAGCAGGAGCUCUCCGACAUGACUCUGGCCUCUGUCAACAGCUACAAUGCCGCCAACAAGCGAGGGUUUACCGCGCGCCUCCUCUGCGGCAAGCCCAAGACGUAUGAGCAGGCGCUAGACGGGCGCAUCCGGAAGUUGCCCGUCUCUCUCCAGUCCAACCUCAACGGCCUUCUCCGUAACCGUGAGGAGGCUAGCUCCAAUCGCUUCCACCGCCGCGAGUGGACCGUGGUCAUGAUGCGCGAGCAGUAUCGCUACCGGUUUGCAAGCGCGGCACCGGAGCCGGUGAAGAAGAAGGGCUUCUGGAAGGGCAAGGACUCUCGACGGGUUGAGUAUCUCUUUGUCAUCCGGGGUGCUGAGGGCAGGGUGGCCACUGAUGACAAGGGCAUGUACCAGCCGCGAGAGUUUGGCAACCCCUGGAAGAGAGUUGACGAGGAGGAGUUUUAUCUUCGCGAGCGCUCCAAGGACAUCAGACGCUUCGGGAAGGGAUAUGUCCAAGAUGGAUGGUGUCCCAGGCCGAGAGGGAGAUCACUGUCUCCUAUGCCCAAUUAUGCUGGUCCCCCUCCGCCACAAUUCCGGCAAUGUCCACCUCCGCAGCGGCCUUUGAUCAUCGAAGAACGCGGUAGGCCUUACAGCCGCAGCCGUAGCCGCAGUCGAAGUGAAAGUCGUAGUCGCAGCCGAAGCCCAUCAUAUCCACCCAUGAUGAAUGACUACCGCCCUCACCUCAACCCGUUUGUGCCUAUGCCAUUGCCGAUGGGUGGCAUGCCUCCUUUGCCUCCUCCUCCUCCUGGUCGAUUCCUUGGCCAAACUCUCGCAGCACCAGGACCUCAUCAGCCCCCAUUUGGACUGCCGCCUUUUGAGAACCGGAUGCGCUCACAGUUACAUGACCGAAUGAGUUUCCCCAACCCACCAAACCCGAGUGAUCUCCUCCCAGAGUCCUGUGCCUGGUCCCAGCCCUUGGGAGUUCCCUUGACAUACUCCGAGGGACAGCCCAUCCCGCAGUCGGACAUCCUCCCCGUGCCCAUGCAUAUGCACGCAGCGGCUCCAUUCCCCUUCGAGAUCUCCUCCCCGCCGCAGUCCCCACGCCCCUCCUUCAGCUGCAUGGGUGGCGCGCCUCCCGCGUCGCCAAGGCUGCCGACCAUGGAGGCCUGCCACCGCUUGUUCGACGCCGAAUUCUUGCAUGACGCCGGCUCCUCGUCGUCCAGCAACCCGCCGCCGCCACCGCCCCCCAAGCCGAGCAACCUGACCACGCCAACUGAGUUCUCCCCCGCAUCGUCCAACCACACCGGGUCGACUGUGCAGAGCACGGACGUCACGACGCCCGGGGGGCCUGGUAUGGAGGUCUUUUGGGAGGAGGGGCCUAGCCCUGCGAAUCGUGGCUUUCCGGCGGACAAUUGA